CGUGUCGGCGUCAGAAAAGAUCAGUCCAAUAAGAAGAAGAUGACCGAUAUUAGCUAGCUAAUCAUAGACAAUAUAUAGAAUCAUAUAUAUAGAGAGAGUGAGAGCUAGCUAGGUAUGGUUGAUCAUGAGGAAGAACAAGAUCGGUUGCUGCCAAUUGCAAACGUGGGGAGGAUCAUGAAGCAAAUUCUUCCCCAAAGAGCAAAAGUCUCCAAGGAAGCUAAGCAAAGGAUGCAAGAGUGUGCAACUGAGUUCCUAAGUUUUGUGACAGGCGAGGCUUCUGACAAGUGUCACAAAGAGAAUCGAAAGACAGUGAACGGGGACGACAUCUGUUGGGCUCUGAGUGCUCUAGGAUUUGACAACUACGCUGAGGCCACAACAAGGUACUUGCAUAAGUUUAGGGAAGCUGAGAGAGAGAGAUUAGCUGCUAACCAAAGCAAUGUUAAUAUUAAUACUAGCUCAUCCAGCCCAUUAGAGAUCAGAGAAGAAGAUCAGCCAAUCUAUUUAAGUGGAACUCAGACUCCAAAUCUGGAGUUUAGGAUUCUUGAGAAGGGUGACAACUCCUUUGCCAAGCAAUCUUGAAGAUUAAUUUCUGUAUAAUUACCAUGUUAAUUAUAGGCGUAAUUAUCAGUACGAACUGACUUAGUAUGCUUGCUAGCUAGCUUGGAUCUGAGAGGUAAUGUUGUAUCUUUUCUGCUGGUGAAAUGUUCAUGCUUUUCUUCAA